CUCAGAGGACGCACACACGCCUUUACGCACAAUCGCUCGUUGACCGCUCUUUUGCGCGUCCAGGCACCAAAAUAAAGGAUAUCUGCGCGGAUGCGUUGCGGUUUGGAGAGUCUGAUUCUUGAAAAGUAGGGGGGAGGAUUGUGCUCGGAUUUUCACUUUCUUUGUGAAUGGAGAUUCGUGCGUAAAAUUCUGUUCAAAGCAUUUAAGAGAAGAGCUGUCGCUCUCCCACCUGUUGGCAGGUGGUGUUGGCUUCACCCGCGGACAUCUACUAUGACAUUGGGUUUGGAAAUAAUGGAGGAUAUUGUUAUCGACGUAGUAGGAGAAGGGCUCAUAGGCAGCGGAGAGGAGCAACUCUUACCUUUGGAUGAGUCGCGGAGCGAGCAGGACCGCAGCACGGAGACUCCCAGCAGCCAGAGUAAAGAGCAGGACUCCGACAGCCCUGCACCGGCGUGCCCUUCUCCUGGUAAACCCAAAGGUCCCACGUCGGUGAAGCCUCCAUACUCUUACAUUGCUCUGAUAACGAUGGCCAUACUGCAGAGUCCAAAAAAGCGGCUCACCCUCAGCGAGAUCUGUGACUUCAUCAGCCACCGAUUCCCUUAUUACCGGGAGAAAUUCCCCGCCUGGCAGAACUCGAUCAGACACAAUCUGUCGCUUAAUGACUGCUUUGUAAAGAUGCCCAGAGAACCCGGGAACCCCGGGAAGGGCAACUACUGGACGCUGGAUCCCAACUCCUCGGACAUGUUUGAGAACGGGAGUUUUCUGCGGAGGAGGAAACGCUUCAAGCGGCAGCAUUUUCGCUUCGACCCACUCAAGGAGCAGCACCUGGAGCCCAGCGGACUGCACGGCUUCCCCCACGGCGCCUACGGAUUCGGCACGGCGGCUCUGCAGCUGCCCGGUCUGGAGAUUUACCCCUACCUCCAUCACCAUGCGCCAUCUCCGUGCGGGCCCGCCACCAUCCCACCUGUCAGCAGCAUCCUGCCGGCUCUCUCCAGCUUCUUCUCCCGCAGCGCCCUCACAGCCAAGGCUUUCCUCCAGUCACAGCCCGGCAUCGACGCCUUCUCCCCGGCCCAACGCACCGCUGCUUACUCUUCUCCUCUGACCUCCAGCGUUGCCUACGCGUCCCCUGCUCUCUUCCACCCCGCGGGGUCUCCGCACUUCCUCAGUUUACACCAGGAGUAUCAGAAAUUACAGACUCAGCGUGGCGCCGUGGACCUGGCCAAACACAUCCACGCUGCUAACAAUGAAUAACCAGUCAACCGGACUCUGAACUCGUGUUUUCUCAGGUAACAGAGACGUUUUAAGCAGAAGCUCACAAAUUCUCCAGCGUUGAAAAUGUGCUGAAUCUGCUUUCAAAGAAUGUUGUAGAUAUGUUUAAAAACUUUCCCUCCUUCUCACGUUUAUGGCAAAAAAAAACCUUUAGCAGAUGCUUUUUAAAAUUUUGAUCAUGAAUUAUCAUCUUUAUUUUAGAAAUAUUUAA